UAAUAUCGGUCUGACACCACCAGCGCCGCCGCCCCCUCCUGCCACGCCAUGCCGGUGUUCUGGGAAUCGCAUCGGCUCCCAGGCUGUCGCAUCACCGACCGGGGAGGGGCCCCGUUUCCCACCAUUGGCUGGUAGCCUACUGUAGCCCAUUACCGACAGCUUUACGGUAGAGUGUGUGUGAGAGCGUGUAAGCGGUGGUCUUUUUAUCUCGGCCGGGCGCUCAGGCUGCAGGGUUUCAGCAUGAUUUUAAAAAGACUCUAGCUGAUUUUCCCUCCCUAGCAUCAGCCUUUAAGCCUCACCACUCUCCAAACUGAAAAGGGAUGCGCCUAAACACAAGCGGAUACAUUGUCCGGACACUGCGAGAGAAGAGGAGCAUGUAACCGGGAGAAUCCCAGCAGCAGCAGCGGCGGCGGAGGAACCACCUGACUCUUUCCUCUUUUUCCGCUCACGAUUUCCCCUCAUAAUUUAAGGCUUCUCGAUGCGCUGAGCCAGUUCUUAUCGUUGUUUUGGAUAUUAUCUACAGCAAAAUGAGCGAGGAAGUGUCGGAGGUCCCAAAAGAGCUUCUGGAGAGCGUGAGGGAUGCGGUGGGAAGAAAAGUGAAGCUGUCACUGCGGAAGAGAGUCAAACUGGAGAUCAAAGGAGACAAGAUGGAGAACAGAGUAUUGGCUCUCGCAUCUUACCGAGCCUACCUCUUGACGGCACGCAUUCCUGCCAAGGUGGAACACUCCUUUAAUUAUCUGGAGAUCCAGGGAAUUGCUUGCAACAAGCCAACGCAGCUGUCCAUAGAAUAUGAGCGCGGCUCAUUUUCGUUGAAGUUGCCCUCCACAGACGAGGUGAAUGAGGUGGUGGCUCACAUAGGAAACUGUAUGCAGAGGAUAUGUCCAGGUCUGCCCCCUAGUAAAGUGAUGAAGAAGCUUUGCAUGGAGCCUCCAGACAGGCUCUCUUCUCUGCAGAUUCUGUGGGAGAACAAUAAACCUGCUGAACCUGGACCCUGUGGUGGGUUUUCUCAGAUGUACCGAUGUGUUUGUGACUGGUUGGGGAUGCCUUACAGAGAAGAGGUGCAGUGGGAUGUAGACACUAUAUAUUUAACGCAAGACACCAGAGAACUUAAUUUGCAGGACUUCAGUCAUCUGGAGAACAGGGAUCUGGUAGCUAUAAUAGCAGUCCUGGAGUUUAACCAGUGGUUCACCAAGGUCUCUACUAAGGAUUACAAGCUGUCUGCAGAUGUGUGUGAGCAGAUCCUUCGGGUGGUGUCUCGAUCCAGUCGACUGGAGGAGUUGGUCCUGGACAAUGCAGGACUCAAAACCGAUUUUGCCCAGAAGCUAGCUGCUGCUCUGGCCCACAACCCCAGCUCAGGACUCACCACUAUUAAUCUUGCCAACAACCCACUGGAGGACAGAGGAGGCGGGGAAGCUCACUUCUACCACUUCCUCGGCCAGCCAAACAGCCUGGCAACCCUUGACCUCUCCAACACUGAUUGCUUAUUGGACCAGGUUUGCUCAGCACUGCUGCGGGGCUCAGUUGAACACCUCUCUGUUCUCAACGUGUCAAAGAGCGUCUUCCCUCACAGGAAAGGCAAAGACGUGCCCCCGUCCUUCAAGCAUUUCUUCAGUAGUGCCGCAUCUCUCACCUCCAUCAACGUGUCAGGAACCAAGCUGCCACCAGAGGCUGUGAAAGCGCUCCUACUUGGUCUGGCCAGUAACCCAAGUGUGAAGGAUGUCUCUCUAGACCUCAGCUGCUGUGAGCUGCGGUCUGGAGGAUCUCAGAUCCUUGAAGGUUGUAUUGCUGAGAUCCCAAACAUCUCCAGCCUGGAUAUCUCUGACAACGGAUUAGACUCAGAGUUGUCCACUCUGCUUGUUUGGUUGGCCAAGAACCGGUCUAUCAGACACCUCUCUCUGGGCAAGAACUUCAACAACAUCAAAUCCAAAAAUCUCGCUCCAGUGUUGGACAAUCAGAGGCCCCUCAACUCUCUGUCUCUAGCAGACUCCAGGCUCAAGAGUGAUCUCACCAUCGUUCUCAAUGCUUUGGGCAGCAACUCCACGCUCACAAGGCUUGACAUCAGUGGGAAUGCAAUGGGUGACAUGGGGGCCAAAAUGCUGGCUAAGGCAUUACAGAUCAACUCCAAACUCAGGACUGUGAUCUGGGAUAAGAACAACACCAGCCCUCAGGGUCUGCAGGAUGUAGCAGCCGCUCUGGAAAAGAACUUCACCAUUCGUUUCAUGCCCCUCCCCAUCAUCGAUGCCUCCCAGGCUCUAAAGGCGAGCCCUGAGAAAACUGAGGAUGCCUUACUAAAGAUUGAAACGUAUUUAUACAGGAACCACGAAACAAGAAAAUAUCUUCAGGAACAGGCUUAUCGGCUUCAGCAGGGCAUCGUAACCACAACCACACAGCAGAUGAUUGACAGGAUUUGUGUUAAAGUCCAGGACCACCUGAACUCUCUGAGGAACUCGGAGACGGACGCCAUCUUGGAGGAUGUCAGGUCAGCGGAGAGCCUCAUCAAAGAUGCCAGAAAUUCAAAAACGCUGCUUCCCAACCUCUACCACCUCGGAUCAGCUUCCAGAGAGGAGGUGAACAGUACUUCAGUAGGUCCAAUUCAGGAGAAACUGGAGUCUAUGGCCGGGGAGGUGACUGCUGUCAUGGACCAACAGCUGCAGACGCUAUUGGAGACCAUGAUGGAUGCAGCAGAGUCUCUGUGUCCUCAUGUGAUGAAGAAGAGUAAUCUUCGAGUAGAGCUGAUGAAGGCCAGCUCAGCUAGGAUGGUUGUACCUAAAAGCUUUGUUAGCAAAACCCUCCUAGAGCAGUCUGGGGUAGAUAUCAUCAACAAGAUCAGUGAGGUGAAGCUGAGUCUAGCGUCCUUUCUGUCCGAUCGCAUCGUCGAUGAGAUUUUGGAGGCUCUUUCCACGUCACAGCACGUGCUGGCGGAUCAUCUGGUACGCCGAGGUCGCCCCUUGGUGCAGCAGGAGUCGGUGGACCUGGAUGUGCCGGAGGAAAAGAUUCCAAAAAGGGCAUCGGCCGAGAUACUGGAGGCUGAGAGGCUUGAGGAUUUGGAAACAUGUAUGAUGACUCCGAAAUCCAAAAGGAAGAGCAUCCACAGCAGGAUGCUGCGACCAGUGUCUCGUGCCUUUGAGAUGGAGUUUGACCUGGACAAAGCCCUGGAAGAUGUCCCGAUCCACGUGGAGGAUACUUCAACUUCAUCUCACACUCCAUCCACUCCAUCUAUGGUGCUGCCCAAACUGGAGCCAUGUCCCACAGGUGUGAUGGUGGAGCUUCCAUCUGAGGAAGAAAAAAAGCUCCAGCACUUCACCAAACUCCGACCUCGGAGGAACAAAAAGACACAUUCCAGCAAAGUACCACAAAUCAGCAGCACUCCAUCUCAAGAUGGGGAACAGAACGGCCUCAUGGGAAGGGUGGAUGAGGGUGUAGAUGAGUUCUUCUCUAAAAAAGUCACCAAGAUGGAUUCCAAGCGUUCCCUGAAGAGUUCAGAAUCUCAAGAUGGCGAGAAGAAAAAGAAAGGAGGAUUUCUAAAUCUCAUCAAACGAUCCUCUAAAUCGGAUAAAUCAGACAAACUGGAUAAGUCUGAGAAAAUCCAGGCCACUUUAACAUCCUCGGGUCCAUCACCCUCUGCACAGCCAUCCGUCAUCCCAGAGGAGCCUUCCUCACCGAAGGUUGCAAUUAAGAGCCCGGCACCUGAGCCGAAGUCGAGAGACGCCUCCAGUCGCUCACAGCCCACAGACUACAGCAGCAGCUCAGACCGCUCAGAGGAGCUGAGGACACCAGACUCCAUGGACGAACCCUGGGAGGGUUCAGAUGGCAGGGGGAGUCCUCAGGGAGGCAAGCGGUAUCCUGGUGUGCAGAUGAUGGGCAGUGGGCUCCUAGCAGAGAUGAAAGCCAAGCACGAAAGAAGAGCGUACAAGUCUUCCAGCCCUGACAGACCUGACAGCAAUACAACAGCCAAGCCUCAACCCACCACUCCAGAAAGCAGGUCUCCCGGUGGUUCUGUUAGUAAGCCCGACCCUGCUUCUCCAGAGAAGACCUCACCACGCGGUGAGACUAAGCCCGAGCCAGCUCCUCGUCUCAGAGCUACGUCUUCCUCGAGUUCCCCAGGAGGACCAGUAAGUCCCAAACCACCGGUGCCACAGGGAGCAAAGCCUGCUCUGGCUGCUCGACCUACAAUCCCGCAGAAGCCGAGGACCACGAAUAGCAGCAGGAGCACAGAUGAGAGCUCAGAUUCCACCAGCAGUGGCAGUGUGUCUCAUAAAGCCACAGUUCUUCCUCCAACACUGAAGAGGGUGCUAUCGGAAAAAGGCAAGGACGGAGUCUCCACCAACAAAACCACUCAGGAAGUGAGAUCUAUGUUGGACUCUGUUCAGCGAUCCAGCCCUCUCAGCACCAACUCUGAAGAUCACACCUCCUCCAAGACCAAGGACCAAAGUGCAAACUCAGACAAGGACAAAGCAGCAGGCAAGAAGUCCUCAGACUCUGGGGAGGAGGCAGACAAAGACUUUAUUUUGAUAUAAGUAAAACAAAUUGACGUAAAACGCCUGUUGACAAGCUUCACAUUUACAUUGAACGAAGGAAAGCCCCCACAGGGCAGCAAACCUAACUGUUGUUUCUUUUGUGUUAGAGCUUGUACCUGUAGGUCCUGUCUGACUGCAAAGUACAACAAUCAGAUUUGGUUUGUAGUAGUUUAUAAAAAGAAAACCUCUUAAUUUAAUUAUGUUUAAUGAUGGGUUUUAACUCCUUGGUUAUCUAACCUAACCCAAAUACUUUACUAUGUCGCAAAAGAGCUUCCUUCUCACAGACAGCCUUCUCUCUCCUCUCUAGAUCACACUAUUGAUCUCUGCUUUCAGGUAAAAAUCUCAUGUCUGGAACCUAAAUAGAAAUCUUAAGUUUUCAAACCACUAAAAAUGAUGCAUGACAUUUAUACAAAAAAGCAGAGAGACUGUGAAAGUGUGUGUACGUGUAAAAUCUUUAACUUGAGUCUUUCUGUUGUCUGUUGCCAUAGCUCGUCUCCGAAGGACCAAACACGCAAUACCGCUCACGUCACGAUUACUGUACUUUACCCAUACAACCAGACCAGGAAUCAAUGGCGUUUGUUUUUUUCAAUAUAUUUUUACAGAUUUUGGUAUAUACAAUCUUCAGCAUGUGCAAAGGACUUUUUGGGGACUUCAACGGUGCCUGAAUCCAUUAUGCAAUUCGUGUUUUUUUUACAGGAAUAUACAGGUUUCAGCUGAGACUCUAAGCAAAGACAGAACUCAGAUAUAUUUGAUGUACUUUGACUUACUCACAGGGGACUAGCCAGACUACACUGCAGGACUGAGGGAUAACUGUAAAUCGGUUAAAACACACCACCUGGACUCAAGUUAGACUCACUGCAAGAGCUGGAGUGACAGUGCGAUGUGUUUAACUUUAACUUUAUUGAUAAUCAGUAUGGCUUCAGCACUGUUAAAUAAUACUGUUCUCUGUACGUAAACACUGUGGAAAAAUAUCUUAUUUGCUGUUUUAAGGGGAGAGGAUACCACUAAAGUGCAAUACAGAGUUUGAUUGUAUACAUUUAGGCCAAAUUUCUGUGUUUAUAACAAAAUUAAAUUCUUACUAAGUGUUCCUGAAAACAAAUUGCAGCCUUUAGUCGAAAUGUUGAGACUCUGUAUUGCUCUUAAAGAUAAAGAGGGCUCCUUCCUUCCAAAAACAGACUAAUGUUAUUCAUUGAGUAAUAUUGACAUUCCUCCAAAAGAAAAGCCCAGGCUUUGAAAAUAACCUCAUCAGUUUGUCCUCUGUGUAAAAGCAGGAUACAGGAAGGAAAUCCAGCCUUCAGACACUCUUCUUCCUCAGCAUCUUCCAAAUUUAGUUCACUUUUACUUUCCACACAGGACGGGAAAAAAACUCAAGCCAUUAGGUGGCAAUCAUAAUGCUUAAAUUCAAAAAGCAAGCAGUGCCUGAAGUGGAAGUGAACUGAAGGUAGCAGUAUUUUGACCACGUGGACCUUCGGGCUAUUUUGUACAUACCAUUUUCAGGAUCUGACUGAGUCACAUUAGCUCGGGUCUCAGGCCAAAUUCUUCUGAUUUCUCUCUUCUAAGAACAAGCAGUGACCUUUUCACACUGAUACAGUUUGCAAACUUUCUCAAAUACAUGGUGCUUUUGGACUCAAUAAUCUUCAGAAUUGAAAAAAAGUAAAGAAAACAGUGAAAGUGGCAAAGGAUUUGUGGACAGCUCAUCUCUCCAUCUGCACGUGAUGCUGUUUUUUUGAUACUGGACCGUGCAGUUUCACAGACGUUGCAUAAAUGGUUUGAUAUCCCACUCAUGCCACGUCGGUUUUUAGUGGCCGAUAUGCUUCAGUCAGCCCACUCUUCCUGAGUGUGAUGCUGCACUGUGUUGCCAGUUCAGUCUUAAACAGAUGCCUCUGUUUUUAUUUUGAGCUCUGCAGUCACUCGGUCUGACACAAUGUCAGCAUCACACUCUAUAAACACCGGUAUGUAAACUCCAACCUUUUAUAUCGCAUUAACUACUUAUUCUGCAGGUCGAGCUGUGCUCUAUUGUCAUUUUGAUAUGUGCGCUCAAGAUUGGGUCUUCAUGAACAGUGUGAAAGGGCCAUGGCUUGUAUUCAUGUUACUGUGCAAGAGCCUAAUUCAAGUCCGGGCCAAAGGUCUUACUGGUGCACCUUUUCCAUAUAUUAUGGUGUCUUCUGAUGUCUUUUUUCUAGGGUUAGGUUUUGCUUCUUUGUCACUAAUCAUGGACUUGAAAUAACAACGUCUCUGCUGUAUAUAGUCUUGUCCCUAAGAGCUGCUUUGAUUUUCAACACUCAGACUUCACUUUUUGUCUCAAAGGUGUUCACGCCUAUCUAAAACAAACAAAAACAAAAAAAGCACUACUUUGCAAUAUGCUGCAAGGAAAGGAUCCGGACAUCUGUGGUAUCGCGUGAAAGAUAGUUUCCAGUUUCCUUCCAAACUUGAGUGUCCACAUCGUUUCUGUUGGUGGGAGAAACAUGAAAAUAACUCGUAGCAUUAAGUUUAGACCUCGGUGUCUACGUGUGUGACUGCAUGAUGUGACUGUGAGUUGUACUGUAUGUAUAUAUGUGCUGUCAUACAUGUAGGUGUGU